AUGUGCAAGGCCGGUUUAGCUGGUGAUGACGCAUCACAAGCUGUCUUCCCAUCAAUUGUUGGAAGACCAAAACAAGUCUCAGUAAUGGCUGGUAUUUUGACUUUGAAGUACCCAAUUGAACACGGUAUUGUCAACAACUGGGACGACAUGGAGAAGAUCUGGCACCACACUUUCUACAACGAGCUCAGAAUUGCACCAGAAAAGCACCCAGUCCUCUUGACCGAAGCCCCAAUGAACCCAAAGGCUAACAGAGAAAAGAUGACACAAAUCAUGUUCAAGACUUUCAACGUCCCAGCCAUGUACGUUGAAUUGGGGCAACUCGAGAAGUCAUACGAACUUCCAGAUGGUCAAGUCAUCACUAUUGGCAAUGAGAGAUUCAGAUGCCCAGAAACACUCUUCCAGCCAUCAUUCCUUGGUAUGGAAGCAUUAGGUAUCCACGAGACAACUUACAACUCAAUCAUGAAGUGCGAUGUCGACAUCAGAAAGGACUUGUACGGAAACAUCCAACUUGAGAAGGAGAUGGUUGCUCUUGCGCCACCAACAAUGAAGAUCAAGGUCAUUGCACCACCAGAGAGAAAGUACUCCGUCUGGAUUGGAGGCUCAAUUCUUGCUUCAUUGUCCACUUUCCAGAACAUGUGGAUCACCAAGAAAGAGUACGACGGGUCUGGACCAGCCAUCCCGACUAUAGUCCCCAUUUUGUUGGUAACACCACUUGACUUGGAUUUGGUCUGGAGAGUUGCUUCAGCACUUGGUGCAGUCCCAUGUAUCCUCACCUUAUAUCACAGAAUUAUAAUGCCGAUGCCAAAGAAGAAAGUAGCUGCAAAGGCUACGAAGAGUGAGGUGAAGCGACUGAUUAAGAAGAAUUGGUAUUACUUAUUUGGGACCGCUGGUUGUUGGUUCUUCGUUGAUAUUGCGUUCUAUGGCAACUCGAUGUUUAAUUCCACGGUACUACAAGUCAUUGGAUUUAAACCGAAAGACACGGACAGUGAUCACCGGCAAGGCCCGAUCUCCACUGCAAUAAAAAAUUUGAUAUUAGUCUCAAUUGCAUUCCCUGGCUUCAUAGUCAGUUUCUUAUUAGUCGAUCGGAUUGGAAGAAAGCCAUAA